AUGCCCAUCCACUCCCGCUGGCAGGUCCCUAUUGACGUGUGCUCCUUGCCCACCUACAUUUUUGGCCCUCCCGGCUCCCCUCUGCCGGAUACAGUCGCGUUCUACGAUGCCGAUCGCCCAGACACCCAUUACUUGACUCACGAGGCAUUCCGGUUAUGGUCUUCCAGAUUCGCCGCCGGUCUCAGGAAGGCUGGCUUGCAGACUGGUGAUCGAGUGCUCUUGUUCUCAGGAAACAGCUUGUUUUACCCUAUCGUGUUCAUGGGGAUCCUGAUGGCAGGCGGGGUUUUCUCGGGAGCAAACCCAGGCUACGUUGAAAGGGAGCUGGCAUACCAAUUGAAGAACUCUGAUGCCAAGUUCUUGAUAUGUGCGGACGCGAGCCUGGAAAUGGGCGUGGCCGCUGCUCAGAGCAUUGGUAUGUCAAAGGAUCGGGUUUUCAAAUUUGACGAUGAGUUGCUUGAGGGAACCGGGAGCUCGAGACUGGGGGCACGGAACUGGAAUGUACUGAUGGAGUCGGAAGCGGUUGGACGGGGAUUUCGCUGGUAUGAGCCGGAGGAUCCGAAGGAUACGACUUGCUGCUUAAAUUAUAGCUCUGGUACCACGGGUGUCCCUAAAGGCGUCAUGAUCUCCCAUUAUGCGUAUGUUGCGAAUACGGUCCAGUACUCGCACCUACACACACUGCGUCCGGAUGCAGAGGAGUUGGCGAAGAAAUCCAAAUGGCUGUGUUUCCUCCCGAUGUAUCACGCUAUGGCCCAAACCAUAUACUUGGCUGGGGGAUCAAAACGCCGCAUCCCUGUCUAUAUCAUGAAGAAGUUCGAUUUCAUCCAAGUCCUAGAGUCGAUUCAGAAGUACCGGAUCACGAGUUUGGCAUUGGUCCCCCCGAUUGUCGUGGCUUUCGCGAAAUCUCCAUUGACGAAGAAAUAUGAUCUUAGUAGCAUCACCGAAGUCGGCUCAGGCGCAGCUCCUCUUGGGGCUGAAGUCACCAUCGAAUUUGAAGGUCUGUGGCCCGCAGGGGGUAUAAAGAUGAGGCAAGGAUGGGGGAUGACAGAACUAACUUGCUCUGCACUUGGCUGCGACCCGAGACUGACUCCACCUCCUGGCUCCGUUGGGGAGCUGAAUGCGAACUGUAGUGCAAAGAUAAUGAACGCAGAAUGCACGAACGAAGUUGCUAAAGGCGAACGUGGGGAGCUCUGGAUUUCAGGUCCAAAUGUGAUGAAAGGAUAUUGGGAAAAUCCACAGGCCACUAGCGAGACGCUGGUUGACGACAAAGAUGGCCGCUGGAUGCGAACGGGUGAUAUUGCCUACAUUGAUAAAGAUGGCCAAUUCUUCAUCGUUGAUCGCAUAAAGGAGCUCAUCAAAGUAAAAGGAAAUCAAGUUGCACCAGCAGAGCUAGAAGGUGUGCUCUUGGACCAUCCACAACUGGCUGACGCCUGUGUGGUCGGUGUGACUGUCAAUGGAGAUGAACUUCCCAGAGCGUAUGUAGUGUUGAAACCAGGCCAGAAGGGCGACGAGAAAGAGGUCCAAGACUGGUUGGCCACGAGGUCUGGGAAGAUUCUGCGCAAGAUUCUGAGAGAGAGGGCAAAGCAGGAGGUUGGUGAUAAAGAAGCCAAGCUUUAG